AUGAAAGCAUCAAAGGAAUUGAAAAUAACCACACGGAAGCAGUUUGAAAAAAUGGUAGAGUUGCUUGAACAAAAACCUGAAUUGGCGCAAUCGUACCAUAGUGGCUUACACAAAGUGGACACAAAGGCAGAAUGGGUAGAAAUAUCGAAAAAACUAAACCCUUUAGGACCACCUUCUCGUACCGGGCCUGAAUGGAUGAAAGUGUGGGCCGACUAUAAAUGCAAUUUAAAAAAAAAACUUCUUCAUAACAAAACUGAAUUUCUCGCAACGGGUGGAGGUUUAAACAACCAAUAUAAUUUGACACCGGUAGAAGAAGCUGCUUCAGCUUUGUUGCAAUUGAACAGUAUUAUUAGUCCCGAUGGUGAGGAAAACGGUAUAAGUUCUUCUAAAGAGACCGGAAAUAUUUCUUGUGUUGAUGUUAAUGAGAGCGAUGAAAUAUUUGUUCCAAGUACGUCAAAAAAUAUUCGAAGAAAGGCAACAAAAAAUGUUUCCGCCAAACAAGAUAUAAUUGAACAACAGUUAAAGGUUCAAACAGACUUGUACAAUGAGGUGAAAGAUUCCUUAAAACAAAUAGAAAGAUAUGCUCGCAAACAACAUAAAAUAAAGGAGGAAAGUCUAAGCAUUUAUAAAAGUGAGCUAAAAAUAAAAAAAGAAAAGUUUGAAUUGUACAAGAAAGAAGUUAAGAAAAAUGAUGAUCACAGAAGAUUAAUGCUACAAUUAAGAACUGAUGAAAUCGAUAUUAAAAAACGAAGAAUUGAACUCGAGGAAUACAAAAAUCGUUUUAACCAGUAG